GUCGCGAAGUUCCCAGCUCCACCAACGACACCCUCAUUAACUUAACUUCCCUUCGGAUCCCAAGUUCCAGGAUUUUAGGCCCGACGAUCUUUCUGAAAACUUUACAACGGUCGAUCCUGAUUCCCUCCGCCAGGAUGCGCCCUUGGCAGGGGAGCCCUUUCAACUCGGUGCCUAAUCUGUGCUCGAAGCCUCUCUGACACCUCACACACACACGACCGACGACUUCCAGCACGAUGACCUCGUCGCCAGCACCGCCGCCCAGCAAGAGAAUCGUUGCCAUACCCGCCCAGUCCGAACUGGUCGCGUUUGACCACAAUGCCGCCGGCCAUGAAGGAAUCAGUUCCAACGUCUCCGGCACCCUCAUCUUCAAACCCUGCACUCAAGCAGAGAUCGACUUCUACGAGUCCGCCAAAGACCACCCUCUCUUCCAAGCACAGAUGCCCACCUACAUUGGGGCUCUUUCACUACAUGAUGACCAAGAGACCGUGGCACCUCUUCUCACCUCUGCAAUAGGCACCGCCGCCUUCAACGGAGCCACAAUCCCUUCUCCCACCCUAGGCAAGCGUGCAUCCUGGAAACCCUCUGGCGGGAAGAAACUGUCUACAGGCCUGGCGAUAGUGUUGGAGAAUGUCGCAGCCGGGUUCAAACAUCCCAAUAUACUAGACGUGAAGCUUGGAGCAAGGCUGUGGGCCGAUGAUGCUCCCGCCGCGAAAAGGAGGAAACUCGAGGAAGUCGCCGGUCGGACGACGAGCGGGAGUCUAGGAUUUCGGAUCGCGGGCAUGAAGAUCCGACACCACCACGAAGACGAAGACGAACCUGCACAUAUACAAGAGGAUCCAGCGCAUGUCGACUUGAAAAACGGCUACAAGUCCUACACCAAGCUAUACGGCCAGUCGUUCAAUCAUCACAACGUACUCGGCGCUUUCACCACAUAUCUCGGCGGCGUUCACCAGGAUCCAGCAACGGGGAAGCGCAUAUUCCGGCGGAAAAGAGCGCGCAUGAUUGUAAACAGAUUCACUCGCGAGUUGGAGAGCAUACAGUACGUGCUGGAGAAUGAGGAGAGCAGGAUGUAUAGCGCCAGUGUGCUGAUGGUUUAUGAGGCUGACGAAGAGGCUCUGGAGCGGGGUCUACAGGAGGAAGAAAAUGAACAAGACACCAAUCAUGAGCUGGACGGUGAAGAAGAGGAAGAAGGAGAGGAUGACGAUGAUGAUGACGACGACGACGAUGUGAUACGACAAAAAGUGCACGAGGUACGGCUUAUUGAUUUCGCGCAUGCCUCAUGGACGCCUGGCGAUGGACCCGACGAGAAUUCGUUGAUGGGUAUUAGGAAUAUGGUGCGAGUCUUGCGAGAACUGGUCAGUUAAUAGUUGCAUGCACGGAAACAAUGUAAAAGGAAAAGGAUAAAUCAAUGUACAAGUAUUGAAGGGGAAAGAUCACGUCAAAAUGCCCGUUCAUUUUCAAUCAUCGUGGUCUAUGGUUGCCUGUCAGAUGCCCUCCUGCUCCAUUCA